AUGGAUUGGAGGAUUGAGUUGGGGUUCACAGAUCGAUUAAGGGCGAUCCAAUCUCUUACUGCUGCCCAUCAGCAAACUGCCUCGUCCUCGGCCUUUGCAGAGGCACAAGCGAAAGCACGGCAAUGCGAGACCGAAGCUUAUGAGAAGGCCACCUCGAAGGAGGCGUAUGAUCAAUUAUGCCAGCAAGCGAUUGACAACGCCGAAAGAGCAUUCAAGGUGACAUCUACCGAUUGCUCAACGCCUGAGCGAGAUGACAUUCCAAUCUUGAAAGAAAAUCCGGACUCUUCGACUGAGCGGUAUGCUGAAGGUAAUGGAGGAGAGACCAUUGGAGCCUACACAUCGUGCACUCCUUGUUUCGAUGGGUUGCAUUCUACGAUAUACAAGUCUCACGCGGAAGAUGGCACAGUGUGUGCGGUCAAGGUGACCACGCCGCACUUGAUGACUGCUCCUCACGAUACAGCUCGAGAGAUACGACUCUUACAUGAAGCAUCCAGUGAGAAUGUCGUUACCCUCGUGGAAACCUUCAACCUUGACGGAGGACGCAUGGCUAUGGUCUUCCCAUUCAUCAAAUAUGACCUUGCUCAAUUACUCCAGCGAGAUAUGGUGACUGCCACACAGAUAAGAUCCAUUCUGCGGGAUCUAUUCAAAGCUCUGCAGCACAUUCAUCACAUGGGAAUCCUCCAUCGAGAUAUCAAAACCUCUAACAUCCUCAUGGAUUCUCCCGAUGGGCCUGCCUAUCUCGCCGACUUUGGCAUUGCUUGGAAAGAGGACGAUCCAGGCUCCGAGCCGAAAGAAUCCAAGAUCACCGAUGUGGGGACCACGCAUUAUCGAGCUCCGGAGCUCUUAUUUGGAUACAAGGCGUACGGACCUUCCCUGGAUCUAUGGGCGGCGGGAUGCGUCGUGGGGGAAGCCAUCGCAGUCGGGCAUCGCCCGCUUUUCGAUUCUGGCCCGCUUGGAAGUGACCUUUCCCUCGUCCACUCCAUCUUCAGUACGCUGGGGACCCCAGAUGAGUCUGUAUGGCCGGAUGUCGAAAUCCUGCCCGAUUGGGGUAAGGUCGAGUUCUUCACGUAUCCGCCGCGCUCAUGGCAGGAAAUCCUCCCCGCGGUCUCGUCCAAGGGUCGCGAUCUCGUUAGUCGCUUGGUUCGCUACCAGGGAAGCGAGCGUCUCUCUGCCGAGGAGUUGAAGCAGUGCCAGCCGGCCAUGCGAUUCUUCAGCGGAUGUAAUACACACAGUCCGCCACCAUCCUCCGGGGAGAUGGGUUCACCAGCUGGAAUUGCCAAUUAG